AUGCCUAAGAGUACAAUAUGCUCGUACACUCUGGACACAGGUUUAUCAAAGAAGUAUGAGGAUUCAAAUUGGAGUUCAAGGACUGAGGUCAUUCUUGUCAAGACUAGAUGCACAUCUUCCCGUAAUUCAAGGUCCUCUCCAACAACAGUAUCCAAGAACAUUUCCAAGCCAGGUUCUGCAAAGCCUCGUUCUGGACAACUAAAGGAAUUUCCUAAGCUUGAAAGCCCUUGUUUCGUGAAAAGAAAAAUUGCUUGGUCAACAUCUGAUACGAGUUCUAUAUCAGAAUGUGUUUCCCGGGCUGAGACUACUUUAUCGAUUGAUAGAGAAGAAAGAAAGCAACUACGGGCGAUAAGACGUAAGGCAAGCUGCAGUUACAGCUUUCAAUUGAAAUGCUUCAAGGAAGAGCCAUAUAACGAGAUCCUUUAUGUGCCUGAACGGCAAGGUAAAAUUGACAAGAAAUAUCAAUCAUUUAGAAUGAAGCCCCUGGAUGCACCAAAAGAAGAACAUCUGAAAAACACUUUGAAAAAUACCAGGUUUGAGAGAAAUUAUCUUAUAGACAGGUCUGUUGAGAAAACACCUCCAAGCUUCUUAUGUAAUUCAGGGAAAAUGAGCAGUCAUUUAACAUAUUUAAAUGGAGUAAAUGAAAGGCACAAAAUGGCAAUUGGGCCAAAACGGUUUAGCAUCAGCAAGCCCUUCCCUGAAGUUCCAGGUGACCAGUUGAUAAUCAAGGAUAGCGAGAACAAUUGUUACAACCAAAAUAAGGAUAGGCUUGCAAAAUCUUUCUCGCAAGAAAAAAGGAAAUUUGGCACGAGAGAGCAGCGAUAUAGUUCAAGCAGCCUUUUAGAGCAAAAUCUAAUAAAAAAGGAUUUAGCAGAUAACAUUCUUGAAAAAGAUAUUUACAUUGCAAUGCAGUCUUCUACCUUACCCAAAAACAGCUGCCUGUCAUCUAGUAUACAUCAAAGUUCUCCCAAGAGCCGAAGUCCAGAUGUAAGCACAGAGAAAACAUUAAUUAAGGAUGAAGACGCGAACGGAGACGGAGACGGAGACGAAGACGAAGACGAAAACGAAAACGAAGACGAAGACGAAGACGAAGACGAAGACGAAGACGAAGACGAAGACGAAGACGAAGACGAAGACGAAGACGAAGACGAGGAUGGGAAGGAAAAGGAAGGAGAACAUAAAGAAAAGCUGCAAUUAUCUGCUGAACGAAUCCUUUGCUCUUGCAGUUAA